GCUGAACCGUCAGAAAAAUUUUCCAACUCAUUCCCUGUUUGGUGUUUUCGGAUCGUAACUUUUUCACUUUUGUGAAAUCGUGAUUUUUUAAAUCCGUGUCGCUGCAAAUUUCAUAAAUUGCCGUCAAUUGUUUCCGGGUGGCCAAUACGAUGUGUUCAAUGUGAAAUCCAUGGUUAGUCUGGUAAUCUGGUAGGUUUUAGUGUCGCGAAAAAGGAUUGUGUUUUUUUUCUCUGGCGGAACGGAGAUUACGGAAAGAACAGCAGGAUGGAGGACCAGGCGGUCAACCCGCUGGAUGCCAAGGUCAACGCGUUGAUCGAGAAGGUGUUUCUGAUAACGCUCAGCAAAAGCCCGCCAAAGGCUGGCCGCUCGCGGCAGCAGUUUGUGUUCAUGGAGGAGGUGGCCGCGAUGGCCGGAGAGGAUGCCCUGCUCAAUUUGGAGCUGCUCGAGCAGGCCCUGUUUGAGCGAAUCUUGCUGUUUAAUCCGCGGGAUUAUUUGAUUCCGAACAAUGUAACGACGGCUGAGACGGACGAGGUGGCCGAGACUAAGGUCAUGCUCUAUCUGUACGGAUGCUUUGUCCGGAACGAGCAGACCAGUGCCCAUGGCGGGAACGAUUCUAUCGCGGUGGAUACUUGUGCUAAAAUGAAGGCACUUAUACUGAGAAACGCCAGCAUCCUGCGGCAGCCGGAACUGUACGGGCAGAACCUGUCGGCGCAGCUCGUCGAAUUGUUCAAGCUGUACGACGACGAUGUGCUGAUCAGGGCGCGGUUCGUUUCCGAAACGGUCAAGGAAGUUGGCUCCGAUGUGGGUGGACCGGAGGAGGAAAUUGCGUCCGUGUUGAGGGGCAUAUUCGAUCCGAUCUUUGGGGAAGCGGCCCGGGCGUUGAGGAGUGCCUCGCUGAUCAGCAUGGAACGGUGGAUUAUGCCGUUGCUGGAGGUUUUCUCCAGCGACAAGAGCAACCCCAGACUGGCACAUCUGCUGCUGGACUACACGAGCCCGCCGGACGGAGCGGAAGGCAAUAAAUACUCCGAAUCGCUGCUCGGUCAGCUGCUGUCUCUGUCGAUCAUGCCACGCAACCACAACGGGCCGUACGAGUUUUUCGAGAACCCACUGACCACGAACCGUUCCGCGUACGACAACCUGUCCUCUUCGCUGUGGAACUACACCAAGUUGCACCUGGAAGCAAUGCAUGGUUUCGUCAAGAGUUUCCUCCUGAUUGGGGGCGACGUCCGCAGCAAGAUCCUCUCCUGGAUCGGCAAUUGUCUGCAUGCGAACGUACCGCGAGGCCAGAUCUGGAAUACGCACCAGAUGCAGAACGUUUUCGGCAACCUGACCACGGCACCGGACUCGUUCAGCGUCAACUUGGCCGGCGUUCUGCUGAGACUGUGCCAACCGUUGCUCAAGCCUCAGCUGAAGGUUCUGAUCGUGGAUCCGACGUACUGCGCCGUCCGCGAGCCGGACAAGGCCGCCAAGGGCGUUCACAUGCGUGACACCGAGAAGGAAACGUGCCUGCUGCCGGUGGACGAGGCCGAAGCCCGGCUAGACGCGGACAAGUACAACUUUGUGACGGAGUGCUUCUUCAUGACGCACAAAGCGAUCGAUCUCGGGUUUCGCGUUUGCAUCGAGAAAUUUUUCCGCAUGAACCGCGAGCUGCACCGACUGCAGAGCGCCUACCAGGACACACUCGGGGCGGGAAGUGGAGCGGACGUGGCCAACAACAUCAUGCAGAUGCUGUCCAGCCAGACGCAGCAGUUUUUGUGUCUGCAGAAUUUGCUGCGCGAGCCGGCCACCGACCAGCUGCUGUUGCAGUUCUACGAAGCGUCCGCCAUUUGGUUGGCCCAGCUGGCGUCCCGUGAGGCAACCCGCUUCGACGGGGGUGACAAGGCGAAGGGCUUUGCGCCGCAAAGCGUGGAGGAGGUCCGGCUGCCGCUGGGAAAUGGAAUUUCCAAGGUGUUGAAGUGCAUUCCCGAGUACAUCAUGGAGAACAUUGUGGGUUAUUUGCAGUUUUCGCGACACUUUGACAGCCAACCGCUGCGCGUUGACGUCGAGGCGCAGAACAACAUCUUCACGAUGAUUUUGGUGUUUAUGGGUUCGUCCGAGCGGAUUCGCAACCCGCACCUGCGAGCGCGCCUUGCCGAGGGCCUCGAGAGCUUGCUCCCGAAAGAGUCCGAAUCGGGUGGGUUCUGCUUCAGUGCGGCCCUCUUCACCAACCACGUGCACCGGCUGGAGAUCAUUCCGAACCUGUUGCGGGUUUUCGUGAGCAUCGAAAUGACCGGCCAGAGCGUGCAGUUUGCAAAGUUCAACUACCGGCGGCCGAUGUACGCCAUCAUGGACUAUUUGUGGAAGAUUGACGAGCAGAAGGCGUGCUUCCGGGAGUUGGAGCGCGAAGCGAUUCGAAACAUUGAGGCGGAAGAUCCGCCGAUUUUCUUGCGGUUCAUCAAUUUGCUCAUCAACGAUGCUAUCUUUCUGCUGGACGAAUCGCUCAGCAAUUUGCAGCAAAUUCGUCAGCUGCAGGCUGCGCAGGACAACGGCGAGUGGGCCGAACUGCCGGCCAACGAACGCCAGCAGAAUGUGGCCAACAUGCGCCAUCUGGGAAUGCUCGCCCGCUUUGACAACAUCCUCGGCCGGGACACGAUCAACAUUCUGCAGCUGCUGACGUCGGAAACGCGCGAAAUCUUCUGCCACUCGUCGAUGGUGGACCGCGUGGCCGCGAUGCUGAACUACUUCCUGCUCAAUCUGACCGGCCCGAAAAAGGGCAACUUCAAGGUGAAGGACAAACGCGAGUUCGAGUUUGAUCCGGCCAACACGGUGCUCGAAAUCUGCCGCAUCUACGUGAACCUGCAAGAGUGCGAUGCGUUCUGUCUGGCCGUGUCCCAGGACGGUCGUUCGUACAGCCCGAAGCUGUUCGAGUACGCCGAACAGGUCCUGACACGAAUCGGCGGCGGCCAACUGAUUGGCGAAAUCCAGGAACUGUCCACGCGCGUUCAACGCCUCGAAGCCCAGCAGAAAAUUGACGAAGAAGCCCUGGUCGAUCCCCCGGACGAAUUCCUCGACCCGAUCAUGUCCUCCCUCAUGGUUGAUCCCGUCAUUCUGCCCAGCUCGAAGACCGUCGUCGAUCGGUCGACAAUCGCGCGGCACCUGCUCUCCGAUCAGUCGGAUCCGUUCAAUCGGUCGCCACUGACGAUGGACCAGGUGCGGCGUGAUACCGCACUCAAGGCCCGCAUCGACGAGUGGAUUCGCGAGCGACGGGUGGAACACGCUGCCCGAAUCAACGCCCAAUCGGCGGGUGAUGAGUGAAAGACGUACUAGCGUAGUGUUACUGUGUAAAAUCCACUUUAUAUUCUAUUCACAUAGCUAAAGGAAGAUUUAUUUUUACCUUGCUUUAUUUUUUGCGCAACAGUUUUUUUUUUCUAUAUUAUAAUAAUAAUAAUACCGUAAACAAGAGAUGAAAAGCAGCUGCGAGCCACUGCUUUGUUCCGGGAUUUAGGUUUAAUUAGGAAAGACACGUGUGUAGAACGUUCGGUUUAGUCUCGGCAGGACAAAUACAUAAUCCCAGUCUAAUGGAAUAAUAACG